AAAGUUUAGCUAAUUAAAUAAGGUAGAAUCGUAUUUUUUGACCCUUUUCCCAUAAAUAAAACUAGAGGGAUAUUCUUGAACCUUUUCCCAACUUGAAAUUGGGUCCCAAAUCCUAGGGGCCGAACGCGGAGUAAAAGUGGUCAAGUUCUAGAAACGUAAGGUAGUGUUGCGGCUGUGUGGCCUAUAUGAAGGACUAACACCAAACUAAGGAACCAGUUGGGUCCUCUCUUCUACUACUACUACUACUACCAACUUUGCUCCUUGUAUUGUACUUGCACCAGAAGAAGGCGUGCAAGCCUAGGAGAAAGACGAGUACAGGUUCCUCAGUUGUGACCUAGUAAACCUUUUUUGGAGUUCCCAAACGUGGUGCAGUUUUGGCACUCCCAGGCGGAAACCAUCUCUUUCUAACGGUUCUCUUGCUAAAAGAAUUAAUGGACAAAUCUUUUCUCCCCCCAAAUCUGUGAGAACCAUCCAGCAAGCUUUACCCCGUUAUCAUCAGGGGGAAGAAAUUUGGUGGAAGACAACGUACUUUGUCCAGAGAGGAGAGAUGGUUCACCAGAAUGAAGCAUGUGAAAUGUGCACGCGCACGUGCGUGUUGAUACAUGGACAAAGGGAUCCCUCACCAAUUGUUAGCUCUUUCUUCAAAGUCAUGAUCGACAAGCGCUUCUCCAAAGUUCUGUACUUUCCCCCUGGAGUUGCUCGAUUGGUAUCUCACUUGACUAAUGAAGAAACUUAUCUGGAGGACUCAAGUGGACGGCGAUGGAAGGUGGGAAUAUGUAAUCAUAAUGGUUCGCUUGCAAUUCGAGAAGGAUGGCAUAUAUUUUCAUCAGAACAUGGUCUGAAAAUGGGAGACUUCUUGGUUUUCCACUACAUUCAGGAUCAGCACUUUGUUGUUCAAAUAUUUGGAUCAAGUGGUUGUCUAAAGAUCAACUUUUACAAUGGCACUCGUACAGGGAAGAAAAGACCGAGAAUUAAUUGUACAGAAACUUCCCAAGGUAAAACUGACAUAAAUUUGAGGAAAAAAUGGAAUUCAACACCCUCAGUUACUGCUGUACCAGAGUCUGAAAGGGCAACUUUUGAUGCUGACACUGGAGAGCGACAAAUAGUUCCCCAAGAAGAAGGAACCAGCGAUGUUCCACAAGGUGAAAAUGGACCUCGCAAUCACACCGAUUCGGUAUCACAAAGGGAAUCAAGUUCAGUAGAUGCCCCUCCUGUUGAGAUGGAGUUUGCACCCUUCCUUGACGCACAAAUCACUCAGACUGAAAAAAUUUCUGAACCAGUAAACGAUAUUUCACUUUUGGGCCAAACAGAUGAAAAUGGCCAUCAUAUGGGUCUUAUCUCUAGCACAUCUCUGAAAUCAGCUGAAAAUGGUGGCAAGGGUAAGGAAACAAGAGUAGAUAAGCGAGACCUGAGAGAGGUGGCAGUGAAAGCACGUUGCCCUCCUAAAAAGUUAAAUGGAAAAGAGCCAAAAAGAACAAAGAAGGAUGGUCAACGUUAUCCUGAGGCUGUAAGUGGUAAUAACAAAGUUAUAAAAAGUGAGCCUGCUGAUUCAGGUGACACAUCAUUUCCUGAUGCUGGCAGCUUCUCAUGUUUGCUGCAGGUGGAUGAUCGAAAUUUUCUGGAAUUACCACAAAGCUGGCCACAAGUUUUGGCUAGCAGGAAAAAGAUGGGAAGGAUUACUAUUUAUCUCAAAGGACCGGAUGAUAGACCCUGGCCUGUCAUGUAUCAUGAGAAUUUCGGUUCUAAGGUUUUGGCCAGAAACUGGGCAUUAUUUACUGCAUUUUAUGGGCUUAAGCCUGGAGAUGAAUGUGUAUUCCAACUUUCAAAUCAGUCAAAACGUAUGUUUAAUGUACACAGAGCCCACUAGGAAGAUGUCACUCAAACUACUUUGGGUUGAAUAUUGUGAGCAGUUGUGAGAACAAUGUAAUGGGAGCUAUGGCAUAUACUCACUUGAUUUCAGCAAAUCUGUAGUGGAUUUUGGAUUUAAUCUUAUUCUUUA